AUGUCUGCAGGCGUGGAGGUAUCCGUGCGUAUGUCAUCACGCAUGUCACAAGUCGUGUCCGCUUGCGAUGUCUUGGUCGUCGCGGUGACCGCCGGCGCUGGCGUCUAUGGAGCACCCCGUCGUAUGCGGAAUAUGCUCAAAUUCUGCGAGAGUAUUGCAUCUGUGGACCACAGCAUUGGAGCGCAGUACUCGCGCGUAACGGAACGCAAACUGUGCGCCAUACUCCUUGCCAUUCUGAUAUUCUUCUCCAUUCUAAUCGCUGACGACUUUUGUUUCUAUGCGCUGCAAGCUACCAAGUACCAAAGACAAUGGAACGUGGUGAUAAAUUAUAUAGGUUUCUACGUACUAUGGUACGUGGCUAUGAUUCUGGAGCUGCAGUUCGCCUUCACAGCGCUCUCUGUGCGCGCGAGGUUUCAAGCUGUCAACAACGCACUGGCCCUAACUGCCAAAAUUGUAUCCGCUCCUGUAAAGAAAAUGUACGAGCCGCCGCCUUUAAACGUGCUAGCUAUCCGUAUGGCGGCUACCGAAGCGCGGCGCUGUGCCAACGUCAGCCUGCUUGUUGACACACUGCACGACCCCGAUCAUAGCGUCAUCAUUCGGAACACAGUAACUGGAGAACCUCGGCUGGUGGUCCCACCAUGUGAGGCUAUACGCCGGCUGGCGUGCUUGCAUGGCGCGCUUUGCGACGUCGUGCACGCCCUUGACCGCAGCUACGGUCUGCCGCUCAUACUGAUACUUAUAUCCACGCUGUUGCACUUGAUUGUCACACCGUACUUCCUGAUUAUGGAAAUAAUCGUAUCAACGAAUAGAAUCCACUUCCUGGUGCUGCAGUUCCUGUGGUGCGCGACUCACAUGCUACGAAUGUUUGUUGUCGUCGAACCAUGUCACUACACUAUUACCGAGGGUAAGAGAACAGAAGGUCUGGUCUGUCAGCUAAUGAGAUCAGCGCCAUCUAACGGUAGCCUGCCGUCACGACUGGAGGUGUUUGCUCGACAACUCAUGUUGCAAUCUGUGACGUACUCGCCGAUGGGAAUGUGCACUCUGGAUAGACCUCUUGUAGCUUCCGUACUCGGUGCGGUAACAACUUAUCUAGUCAUUCUCAUACAAUUCCAAAGAUACGACGCUUAGAUACUUACGAAUUAUU